AUGCGAAGCCAGCUGAAACCUCUUCUAUCUCAACUCAAGCCCGCAACGGUUGCGCCGAAAUGCCAGCCAUGUCUACGACAGUUUGCGACUACGGCCAUUGCACGAGCGGGUCACAACAAAUGGUCGAAAACAAAGCAUAUAAAGGCUGUCACGGACAAGAAGAAGAUGGAUGAGCGCAAUUCCUUCACCAAAGCCAUCGAGGUUUACUCCAGAUCUAGCAUACCCAAAAGUCUUAUCGAGGGAGCUAUUGCUCGCGGCCAGGGGCGUUCUGCUACUGGAGCGAAACUCGAGCCCAUGACGAUCGAAGCCCUGAUACCUCCAAACAUCGCUAUAUUAGUCGAGGCCGAGACGGACAACAAAGCGCGAAGCAUCCCGAAUCUCAAAUUAGUCGUCAAGGAAGGGGGGGCUCUACACAGUGCAAGCGCCUUCUACUUUACAAGACGAGGACGGGCCAUAUUUAAGAGCAAAUCACAAAAGCCCGAUCUAUCAGAGCUGAUGGAAGAGGCUAUCGAGCACGAGGGUCUUGAGGAUAUCGAGGAAAUGUCUAAUGGGAACAUCCUGGCCUGGGUAGAACCAGCCAUGCUCAUGUCCGUAACCCAAACGUUUUCCAAGAAGCUUGAUCUCGACAUUGUCGAAUCCGAGUUAAUAUUCGCCCCCAACGAGGAGACAAUAGUCACCGUGGACUCGACCGAAACGGCCGAGAUUCUUGACAACUUGUUCACCAAAUUCAAGGAAUAUCCCGAGGUCAAGGGUAUCUACGCCAAUGUUCGCCGAGGCGAUCUCGCCGAAGGAGACUGGGGACGAGUAGAAAGACAUUUGGACAUAUAG